AUGAUGUACUCUUUAGGUUUUGCUGCCCUUGCGGUUCUUGCUGCUGCAGCUCCAACGGAGACUGAGAAGAAUGUUGCCCAGAUUCAACCCCGUGCUGCUUGCUCUACGGCUGUCAAGCUGGCCGCUGGAUCAAACCCAUUUUCAGGAAAGAGCUUUUAUGCCAAUGAGUACUAUGCUGGAGAGAUUGCAACCGCAAUGGCUAGUGUCACGGACGCUUCGAUCAAGUCGCAAGCAGAGAAAGUUGGAAAGGUCGGAAGCUUCUUGUGGAUGUAAGGAGACGGAUGCCUAGUCCCAUAAAAUAUUUGUGCUAACGGAUUUUCAAAUAGCGAUACCAUUGCCAGAGUUCCACUCGUCUCCGAUACUCUCAAGAAAGUCUCUUGCAACGAGAUUGCACAGAUUGUCAUCUACGAUCUGCCAGGGCGUGAUUGUGCUGCUAAGGCUUCGAACGGUGAACUUGCCGUUGGGGAAGUCAGCAAAUAUAAGUCUCAGUAUAUUGAUCGUGAGUAACGAAAUGGAAUACUCUGGCCAAUUGUGUGUUCUAACUCCUUUCUUCAGCUAUCGCCGCUGCGAUCAAGGCAAACCCAAAUGUCGCAGUUGCCCUGUUGAUCGAGCCCGAUUCCCUCCCCAACUUGGUUACCAACUCCAACUUGACAACCUGCCAGCAAUCCAAAGCUGGUUACGAGGAGGGUGUUGCGUACGCACUGAAGACACUCAACUUGCCAAACGUUGCCAUGUACAUCGAUGCAGGACACGGAGGAUGGCUCGGAUGGGAUGCUAAUCUCAGUAUGUUGAAUAAAAAGCAAGGCUCUUAUAAUUGCCACUGACACCUUUCUAGAGCCUGGAGCAGAAGGUAUCGCCAAGGUCUACAAGUCCGCAGGAUCCCCCUCUCAAGUAUUUGGCUUCGCCACCAACAUUGCAGGCUGGAAUGCAUGGAGUGCCUCCCCAGGAGAAUUUGCCGGUACCUCCGAUGCCCAAUAUAACAAAUGUCAAGACGAGAAGCGAUACGUCGAAGCCUUUGCACCUCUCCUUAAGACUGCUGGCAUGCCCAACCACGCUAUCGUCGACACAGGAAGAAACGCAGUUCAGGGUCUCCGCGCUGAAUGGGGCGAUUGGUGUAACGUCAAUGGUGCUGGUUUCGGUGUUCGACCAACCAGCUCCACUGGUAACUCUCUGGUUGACGCUUUCGUCUGGGGCAAGCCGGGUGGAGAGUCUGAUGGUGUUUCUGACCCAAGUGCUGACCGAUAUGAUUCCUUCUGUGGACAUGACGACGGUAAGUCGACAAUCCAUAUCCACCCUCUAGAAACUCACAUGCUAACUCGCCCUCGCAGCAUUCAAACCAUCUCCUCAAGCUGGUCAAUGGAACGAGGCAUACUUUGAGAUGCUCCUCAAGAACGCCAAGCCAUCAUUCGCAUAAAUUCUUCCUUUCCUCCAUCAUCCGGAAAGUUGCACAUUGAGGAGGUUUGUGACAUGGAAAAGUCGCUCGUUUUUCCCUUAUGCGUCUUUCCUUUCGUUAAAGAUGAAUAUCAUGUUCCCUUCUUACUCGUAUAUAUUGUGGUGUGGAAAAG